AUGUCCCACGAAGGUGAAGAAGAUUUGUUAGAGUACUCUGACAACGAGCAAGAGAUCCAGGUCGAUGCCAACAAAGCCGCCGAGACUACCGCUACUACUACAGCUACAGGCGGUGAGGGUGAGGAGGCCAAUGGCGAGGCUGCUGGUACCACUGACGGUGACAAGAAAGGUUCCUACGUCGGUAUUCACUCUACUGGUUUCAAGGAUUUUUUGUUGAAACCUGAAUUAUCCAGGGCCAUCAUUGACUGUGGUUUCGAGCAUCCAUCUGAAGUCCAACAGCAUACUAUUCCUCAAUCCAUUCACGGUACCGAUGUCUUGUGUCAAGCCAAAUCUGGUUUGGGUAAAACUGCCGUUUUUGUGCUGUCCACUUUGCAGCAACUAGAUCCUAUCCCAGGUGAAGUAUCUGUUGUCGUCAUUUGUAACGCUAGAGAACUGGCUUACCAAAUCCGUAACGAGUACCUAAGAUUCUCGAAAUAUAUGCCAGACGUGAAGACUGCAGUCUUCUACGGUGGUACUCCAAUUAACAAGGAUGCCGAAUUACUCAAGAACAAGGAAACCUCUCCUCACAUUGUUGUUGCCACUCCAGGUCGUUUGAAGGCUUUAGUUAGAGAUAAGAUGAUUGACCUGUCCCAUGUCAAGAACUUUGUUAUUGAUGAGUGUGACAAGGUGCUAGAAGAGUUGGACAUGAGAAGAGAUGUCCAAGACAUUUUCAGGGCUACACCAAGAGAUAAACAGGUAAUGAUGUUUUCUGCCACUUUGUCUCAAGAGAUUAGACCAAUCUGCAGGCGUUUCUUGCAGAACCCUCUAGAGAUUUUCGUCGAUGACGAGGCUAAGUUGACAUUGCACGGGUUGCAGCAAUACUAUACCAAAUUGGAGGAACGCGAAAAGAACCGGAAGCUAGCUCAAUUGUUAGAUGACUUGGAGUUCAACCAGGUUAUCAUCUUCGUCAAAUCUACGAACAGGGCUAACGAACUAACCAAGCUUCUAAACGAGUCCAACUUCCCUGCCAUCACUGUCCACGGUCAUAUGAAGCAGGAAGAGCGUAUUGCUAGGUACAAAGCAUUCAAAGACUUCGAAAAGAGAAUCUGUGUAUCCACUGAUGUUUUCGGUAGAGGUAUCGAUAUUGAACGUAUCAACCUUGCCAUCAAUUAUGAUCUUCCAAGCGAAGCUGAUCAGUACUUGCAUCGUGUCGGUAGAGCAGGUAGAUUCGGUACCAAGGGUCUAGCCAUUUCUUUCAUUUCCUCUAAGGAAGAUGAGGAAGUGUUGGCCAAGAUUCAAGAACGUUUUGAUGUUAAAAUUACGGAAUUCCCAGAAGAAGGUAUUGACCCAUCCACUUACUUAAAUAAUUAG